UGCGCAAAGAUCCCAGAGACAGACCGAGGUGACAAUGGGUGGAGAGUUCCUCAUCUCCUGAUUGUUAGAAAGAAGCGCAUCGUUUUCAGCGCGGACUGACUCGACUUUACGUCACAAUUUGAAGCUUUUAGACAACCAGUGAAUGAAAAGAUGUGGAUAACUCGCAGUGCCGAACAUUUAAGCGGUGUUUUUCCUGUUUGGAAUCAGUGGGGUUCGCAUUACGUAGCGCUUCUGUGUUUAUUGUCUUCGCCGGUCAGGACAGAUGACGCCUGCCCGUCUUCUUGCAGCUGUGCCAGGGACUCGGGGACUGUGACCUGCUUGCCUGAUGGGGGCCAAACUGAUCGACCUUCGGACAUCCCGACAUGGACGUCCACUUUGAUACUUAGAGGUAGAAACAUUUCAACUUUGCCUCAAGGCGCGUUCACUAUCAACGGCACCGAGAUGGAAAUGGUGACACUCUCGCUUUCCUACAACGGGAUACAGACUAUUGAGCCGUACGCUUUCCUGGGACUCACCCGCUUACAUUUGUUAGACCUGAGCCAUAAUCAGUUGGAAACUAUCUCAUCCAGGGCUUUCCAUGGACUGACGGAGCUGCGCUCUCUUUUUCUCAAUUACUCUGUUUCGCCCGAUGCCACAGAGCAGCUUUCAUGCGCACUCAGCGCGCAAAGUUUGCGGAACCUCCACAGACUGGAGCUCGCGGGGAAUAGACUAAAGUCCAUACCCAUGGAAAGGUUAGAUAUGUAUAACUUGCACUUUUUAGUCCUCAUAAAUAACUCAAUUGAGAACAUUGGGAGAGAAAACAUUUCUAGUUUGUACCAGCAGAGACGAAUACGCGUCUACUUGGCCUUAAAUCCGUUUCGAUGCAACUGUGACCUGGAAGUGUUUUACUACUGGUUAAAAAACUCAUCGCAGUGCCAGGAUGCUGAGCGGGUGUUUUGCAGUGAGCCGGAAGCGCGGAGGGGGGUCCCCGUGGAGAAGCUGCGGGGAGAGGACGUGGAUUGUAUGAACGAGAACCUGGAGGCAGUCUCAUACGUGUUCCUCGGCAUAGUGCUGGCUCUGAUCGGAGUGGUGUUCCUCAUGGUGCUGUAUCUCAACCGGGGAGGCAUCAAACGGUGGCUCAAUAACAUCAGAGAGGCGUGCAGAGACCAGAUGGAGGUUUAUCACUACCGCUAUGAGCAGGACUCAGACCCCAGGUUGGCCAACGUGGCUGUUUAACUCAAUGCUGGCACGAAAGGACAGAAGAGACGAUGAUGACUCAAGAUGCUCAUUAAAAGGGGAGAAAACUGGUCUAUGACUUGAAAGUCUUAGUGAAAGCUAGAGACUAGUGCAUCUCAGUAAAAUAGAACAUCAUUGACAGUUAAUUUCAAUAAUAAUUUUAUGGUUAGAGUUUUUGGGUAAUGAAAAUCAAAAUUUCAGCUUCUCAGAAAGCUAAAACAGUCAGGAGGAAAACUUUAAAGUUAUCCAGUCACUGAUUCAAGCCACAAAAGGUCAGUGCUAGGAGAAUCCCUUUUUCAACCAUAUGAUUGAAAAGUUAAGUGGAAGGAGAAAGUGCAAUAGAAAAGAUGCACAAGCAGCAAGGAGACCACACUGGACAUUGUCUACAAAAGUGACCUCCUCCUUCGUAUUGUGCUGAAAACAAGUAGAGGAUUGAUUCCCUCUGGACACACACACGUAUGAGCAAGAACUUGGAGAUGGUUUUAUUCCUGUUGCUCAGCAUAAUCCAGACAAGAGUGAUAUUUUUGAUGAUGCUGUAUCUCACCUGGGAAGAACCAGAAGAACCUAGAACACAAUCGUAAUGAACAGGACUCAGAUCCCAGGCCGGCCAAUCAGGUUGUUUAACUGGGGCCAGUCUGAGUAUAAGAGGAGCCCCAAACUGAAUUUAAUUUAAUGGGCCUACUUACAAAUAAGACCAUUGUUCCCCGCAGCAUUACUGUGUUUAUUUGUAUGAACAUUUUUGCAUGUAUGACAAUAUGUUUUAGGUUUAGUGAGCCAAGUAUGAGUCCCCAAAAGAGACAGUUUGCAUUGUUUAUGUAAGAAAUUGCAUUUGAUGUGAAGUCUUUCUGGAUGUGACCAUUGUAUAUAUCCUGUAGAAAUUGGGUUAUUUUUUCUGAUUUACUCAUUUGCUCUUGCAGUCAUGUUUUGUGUAUAGUCACCAGUUUAAAGCACUAGUUUAAUUCUGCUGUGCUUGCAAGACAACAUUCAAAAACUAUGAAUUACUUGUAGAGAUCUAUUUUGCAAUUGCAAUGUCAACAAAAAAUGAAUUAAACUCAAACAUUUACAAUAACUGAAUAAACUACA